AUGGCCUCUCUCCCAGCCGCCGAGAACUGGACAGACAAUGCGGGAGGCAUGGAUGUGGACUCCGGGAACCUGAGUGCUGCUCUCGGGGUCGGGGCGGCGGCAGGAGCAGCUGAGACCGAAUGGCUGCGAUUGCUAGUGCAAGCUGGCAACUUCUCCUCCUCCGAGCUGGGACCGCCUGUGGCUUCGCCCGCGUCCUCCCAGCCCCGGGCCAACCUCACCAACCAGUUCGUGCAGCCGUCCUGGCGCAUCGCCCUUUGGUCCCUGGCGUAUGGCGUGGUGGUAGCAGUGGCGGUCUUUGGAAAUCUCAUUGUCAUCUGGAUCAUUCUGGCCCACAAACGCAUGAGGACCGUCACCAACUAUUUCCUCGUGAACCUAGCUUUUUCUGACGCUUCGAUGGCAGCGUUUAACGCUUUGGUCAACUUUAUCUACGCGCUUCAUAGCGAGUGGUACUUCGGCGCCAACUACUGCCGCUUCCAGAACUUCUUUCCUAUCACCGCUGUGUUCGCCAGCAUCUAUUCUAUGACGGCCAUUGCAGUGGACAGGUAUAUGGCCAUUAUCGAUCCCUUGAAACCCAGACUGUCUGCCACAGCUACCAGAAUUGUCAUUGGAAGUAUUUGGAUUCUUGCAUUUCUUCUUGCCUUUCCCCAGUGUCUUUAUUCCAAAAUCAAAGUCAUGCCCAGCCGUACUCUUUGCUACGUGCAAUGGCCAGAAGGUCCCAAACAACACUUCACGUACCACAUUAUUGUCAUUAUUUUGGUGUACUGCUUCCCGUUACUCAUCAUGGGUAUCACGUAUACCAUCGUUGGGAUUACUCUCUGGGGAGGAGAGAUCCCAGGAGAUACCUGUGACAAGUAUCAUGAGCAGCUGAAGGCCAAACGAAAGGUUGUGAAAAUGAUGAUCAUCGUUGUGGUGACAUUUGCCAUCUGCUGGUUACCCUAUCAUAUUUACUUCAUUCUCACUGCAAUCUAUCAACAGUUAAACAGAUGGAAAUACAUCCAGCAGGUCUACCUGGCCAGCUUUUGGCUGGCAAUGAGCUCGACCAUGUACAACCCCAUUAUCUACUGUUGUCUGAAUAAGAGAUUUCGAGCAGGCUUCAAGAGAGCAUUCCGCUGGUGUCCUUUCAUCCAAGUUUCCAGCUAUGAUGAGCUAGAGCUCAAAACCACCAGGUUUCACCCAACUCGGCAAAGCAGCCUCUACACCGUGACCAGGAUGGAGUCCAUGACCGUAGUGUUCGACCCCAGCGACACCGACACCACCAAGUCCGCUCGGAAGAAGAGAGCAACUCCACGAGACCCCAGAGUCAAUGGCUGCUCCCGCAGGGAUUCCAAGUCUGCCUCCACCACUUCAAGUUUCAUAAGCUCACCCUAUACCUCUGUGGAGGAGUAUUCUUAA